AUGUCGUCCGGAGAGAACUAUACAGCCGAGAUCAUUGAACUUCGAAGAGAAAUCGAACAAAUUAGACAGGAUUUCGCGGAUAACGAUAAUGCAUUUUUUCUUUGUUCAAUGGCGUUAGUAAUCUUCUUUAUGCAGUGCGGAUUUGCUUUCUUAGAAGCUGGAGCCGUUCGUAGUAAAAACACCACGAAUAUCCUUAUCAAGAACCUACUCGACUCAUGUAUUUCGGUUAUUGGUUAUUGGUCUUUGGGAUGGGCUUUUGCUUUCGGUGACUCAAGCAACAAAGUGGUCGGACUGUUCAUUGGUCAUUCACAGUUCUUCCUAAGUGGUUUAAUAAACUAUCCAAUGUUCUUCUAUCAAUAUGCAUUCGCUGCAACAUCGGCUACCAUCGUUUCUGGAGCAGUAGCAGAAAGAUGUGAAUUCGCAAACUACAUCGUAUACAGCACACUAAUAUCAACCGUCGUGUAUCCGAUACUGACGCACUGGGGUUGGCAUAAAGAAGGAUGGAUGUAUCGCGGUAUUCAAACGUCUGACAUCCAUACCACAUACAUGGAUUUCGCUGGAGCUGGUAUCGUUCAUUUGUGUGGUGGAAUUAUCUCUCUCGCCGGUGCAUACAUUAUCGGUCCAAGGAUUGGUAGAUUUUCCAAAGACGGCAAUGAAGAUCCACUUGAAAUCAAAGGACAUAGUGUGCCGUUCGUCGCUCUUGGAGGUUUCAUUCUAAUGUUCGGAUUCCUCGCCUUUAAUGGAGGAUCGAUGGCUGAUAUCGUGCAACCGGGCGAAGGUGAAAUCGUUGCGCUCGCUAUGGUGAAUACGAUCCUGUGUGGAGCAUUUGCCGCAUUAACUUUUCUCAUCAUUCAUUACCUGACAAAAGGAAAGUGGACAUUGCUUUUAACAAUCAAUGCUUGUCUAACAGGAAUGGUGUCGUCUUGCGCUGGCUGCAAUAAUAUGGAACCAUGGGCAUCAUCGUUUACAGGAAUAGGCGCAGGACUCGUUUAUCUUGGUCUUAGCAACUUGCUAAUAAAGAUGAAAGUGGACGACCCACUGGAUGCGUUCGCCGUACAUGGUGGUGGUGGCCUAUGGGGUAUGCUGUCAGCUUGUAUCAUCACCCGAAAAGGCGUCGCUUACGCGAUUGCCAAUGCUAUUGGGAAUAACAACGGUCUACUACUCUGCAGUCAGGCAUUCGCGCAACUGGGAUGGCAGAUGAUAUGUGUUCUAGCUAUCAUCACAUGGUCGUUAUUAUGGAUGAUUCCUAUUUUCUUAUUUCUCAAAAAGAUAGGAAAACUUCGUGUUGCUCCUGAAAUUGAAAUUAAUGGUCUUGAUAUCUACAAACAUGGUGAAGCUGCAUAUCCUUUACACGCAUACGGACAUGGAUGGGACGAUUACGAACCGAUUAAGGAGAAAUCACUACAGAAUUAUGGCAAACUCAAUAGUAACACCGAGAGUGACCCUCAAUGUUAG